CAGAUCAUCUGAGGACAAAAUCAAAGAAAAUGUGAAUGGAAUGUGAACAUUGUCCGCCCUCUCCAACCCCUCCCAAAGCAAGUGAACCGCUGCUGCUGGCACACUGAGGGAUUGAUCCGCCUUGCGCGCAGCACACACUGCUAGUUGGCAAAGGAGUGGCGGCGGGAGCUCGCGCCGCUCUGAUCGCGAGACUGUCGCUGACCUUGGUGCUGAACGCUUUCACCUCCCUUAACUGUCACUUUACACCUAAAAAAGUGACAGUGCGAGACAACGAACUGGACCAGUUCUUAUUUGAUCAUACCUCGUUUUUUAUUUGUUGUAAUACGAUUUUAUUUCCAACUCAAUUUGAAGCUAACAAUAAUUUAUUGACUCAAAUCUGAGAUGGCAUCGCGUGCCCUUAUCGCACGCAGGGCAGUUUGUGAGUUUAUAAUUAUGAGUAGACAGAGCCAGGGCACUUCUGAUAUCUCUCUUGUGUAGGCGGAUUUUUUUUUUUUUUUUUCGCUCGUGAAUUUUCCUCAUCUGUCUUACUGAAUCAUUGAUCCGCUGGGUAUCGGUCCGGUAUGCUCUGUCAUCUCACACAGUGACAUGGUACUUUAACAUUACCGGGGGAAAAACGAGGGAUUAUCACAUUUGGACAUGGAGACUCCGAGGGAGCCUGGUUUUGUGCCCAGCAAAGAGGGGCUGAAGCAACUAGCGGGGAAGACACUGGGGCGCAUGUACAAAGUGCUAGAAAAGAGGCAAAAACCUGGCGACAACAUUGAAUUGACCGAGGAUGGACGGCCUUCCCAGACCAGUGAGAAAAAGCCACCUUUGUGCGACUGCACGUGCUUCGGACUUCCGCGCCGCUACAUCAUCGCCGUCAUGAGCGGCCUCGGGUUCUGCAUCUCCUUCGGUAUUCGGUGCAACUUAGGCGUGGCAAUAGUGAGCAUGGUGAACAACAGCACCAUUCACCUGAACGGAAAGAUCGUCAUCAAAGAGAAGGCAAAGUUCAACUGGGACCCGGAAACAGUUGGAAUGAUCCAUGGCUCGUUUUUCUGGGGUUAUAUUGUGACACAAAUUCCCGGAGGAUACAUUUGUUCUAGACUGGCGGCAAACAGGGUAUUCGGCGCAGCCAUUUUCCUCACGUCCACACUGAACAUGUUCAUCCCCUCAGCUGCACGUGCUCACUAUGGUUGCGUCAUAUUCGUCAGGAUAUUACAAGGGCUUGUAGAGGGUGUGACCUACCCAGCCUGUCAUGGGAUCUGGAGUAAAUGGGCUCCUCCACUGGAAAGAAGCCGUCUAGCCACAACCUCUUUCUGUGGUUCCUAUGCUGGAGCUGUCAUUGCCAUGCCUCUAGCUGGGAUCCUGGUUCAGUACACUGGCUGGUCAUCUGUUUUCUAUGUCUAUGGGUGUUUUGGGAUGUUCUGGUAUAUGUUCUGGAUCUUGGUGUCAUAUGAGAGCCCAGCUGUACAUCCCACCAUCACUGCUGAAGAACGCUGCUUCAUUGAGGAGAGUAUCGGAGAGAGCGCUAAGCUGCUGGGACCUGCAGAAAAAUUCAAGACGCCUUGGAAGAAAUUUUUCACGUCCAUGCCUGUCUAUGCAAUCAUUGUGGCCAACUUCUGCAGGAGUUGGACCUUCUACUUGCUGCUCAUCAGCCAGCCUGCAUACUUUGAGGAGGUGUUUGGCUUUGAGAUUAGCAAGGUUGGCAUGCUGUCAGCCCUGCCCCAUCUGGUGAUGACCAUUAUCGUACCCAUUGGAGGACAGUUAGCUGAUUACCUUCGCGCCAAAAACAUCCUGUCAACUACAACAGUUCGGAAGAUCAUGAACUGCGGAGGCUUUGGGAUGGAGGCCACUCUAUUAUUGGUUGUUGGUUACUCGCACAGUAAAGGGGUGGCCAUUUCAUUCCUUGUGUUGGCUGUCGGCUUCAGUGGAUUUGCAAUAUCAGGUUUCAAUGUCAAUCAUUUAGACAUCGCUCCUCGCUAUGCCAGUAUCCUCAUGGGAAUCUCUAAUGGUGUGGGAACUCUGUCAGGAAUGGUGUGUCCUCUUAUAGUGGGUGCCAUGACCAAACACAAGACCCGAGAAGAGUGGCAGUAUGUGUUCCUUAUCGCUUCCAUGGUGCAUUAUGGCGGUGUAAUCUUCUAUGGCAUCUUCGCCUCGGGGGAGAAGCAGCCGUGGGCAGAUCCGGAGCAGACCAGUGAAGAGAAGUGUGGUUUCAUUGAUGAAGAUGAGCUGGCUGAGGAAACAGGGGACAUCACCCAGAGCUACAGUGCCCUGGGAGGUCCAGCCAAGACCUACGGGGCCACCACGCAGUUGAACGGAGGAUGGGCAGAAGGAUGGGAUAAACGAGAGGUGUUUGUACAGGAUGGUGUGGAAGAAGAGGGUUACGGAUACAGGCAGGGUGGGGAUUACUCCUAGACCUUGCAAAUAUGACACACACACACACACAGACACAGACAUACACAAACAUAAACAUACAGUGGCGCAAAAAAGUAUUAAAAAAAACAUCACAAGUCACAGUUGAAAACGUGUAAAUUCCAUUGCAUUAAAUAACAAGAUAUCAAACCAAGUGCAAUCUGCAACAAAUCAGCUUUUCUUUAGUGGAUGUAUGAAGUGUCCAUUUGAAGUCUUUUCAUAAA